AUGGCCUCAACCAUGCGACACCGACUUCCACAGUCCCCCACCGCGCUGAAAGGCAAGCGCAAGCGCAAGCACAACACCCCAGACGAAGCCAGCCUGCUCCAAGAGGCCAAGACCCGACUGCUGCUCCUCUAUGACGAGCUCCCGGAGUGGGCGAAGGACAACGAGCACAUUCACUCCGGCUGGCGGCCCGAGACCAACUCAUACCUCGAGUGCAUCAAGAGCAUGCUCUACGUUCACAACGAGACGGGAAACAUCUACUCGCACCUUCUUGCCGCCGUCUGGAUGGUCCUUCUGGGCAUGUGGUGGAGCUUCUAUGCCAGGGACCAUUAUCCCGCCACCGGCUCUGACGACGCCGUCGUCUUCUUCCUCUUCUUCUUGGGUGGCACUGUGUGCUACCUCCUCUCGACCGCUUAUCAUGUCUUUUCGAACCACUCACAAGCGACACAUCAAUUUUGCCUCAAGCUCGAUUUUCUAGGCAUCCUCACCGUCACUGCUGGGUGCUUCCCACCUGGUCUGUGGUACACUUUUCCUUGUGUUUCACGGGAGGUGAAGCUCACAUGGAUCACCGUCAACCUUACCGCCCAGCUCCUGGCGGCCCUCGCCGCGCUCUUCUCCAGAACCUUCCAGGCUCCCAGGAUGCGACCUCUUCGUGGCCUUGUCUUCUCAGUCAUGGCAUCUUCGGCGUUUUAUCCCAUCAUCAUCAAGAUCUUUCAAGUCGGUUGGUCACGGGCGAGUACCGAGUACGGAGCCUCAUUCUAUGUCUGGACCAUUCUCAUAUACCUGUGCUCGGUGACCAUCUACACAGUCAGUUUCUAUACCACCCCUCCUGAUUCAAUUUAG